CAAUUCCCGGCGGGGAGCGCGGUGAAGGGGGGCGGGAUCUGAACAUGGCGGCGGUGGUAGCUGCUACGGCGCUGAAGGGCCGGGGGGCGAGAAAUGCCCGCGUCCUCCGGGGCAUUCUCGCAGGAGCCACAGCUAACAAGGCUUCCCAUAACAGGACCCGGGCACUGCAAAGCCAUAGCUCUCCAGAGGGCAAGGAGGAACCUGAACCCCUAUCCCCGGAGCUGGAAUACAUUCCCAGAAAGAGGGGCAAGAACCCCAUGAAAGCUGUGGGACUGGCCUGGUACAGCCUGUACACCCGCACCUGGCUCGGGUACCUCUUCUACCGACAGCAGCUACGCCGGGCUCGGAAUCGCUACCCUAAAGGCCACUCGAAAACCCAGCCCCGCCUCUUCAAUGGAGUGAAGGUGCUUCCCAUCCCUGUCCUCUCGGACAACUACAGCUACCUCAUCAUCGACACCCAGGCCCAGCUGGCUGUGGCUGUGGACCCUUCAGACCCUCGCGCUGUGCAGGCUUCCAUUGAAAAGGAAGGGGUCACCUUGGUCGCCAUUCUCUGUACUCACAAGCACUGGGACCACAGUGGAGGGAACCGUGACCUCAGCCGGCGGCACCGGGACUGUCGGGUGUACGGGAGCCCUCAGGACGGCAUCCCCUACCUCACCCAUCCCCUGUGUCAUCAAGAUGUGGUCAGCGUGGGACGGCUUCAGAUCCGGGCCCUGGCUACGCCUGGCCACACACAAGGCCAUCUGGUCUACCUACUGGAUGGGGAGCCCUACAAGGGUCCCUCCUGCCUCUUCUCAGGGGACCUUCUCUUCCUCUCUGGCUGUGGACGGACCUUUGAGGGCAACGCAGAGACCAUGCUGAGCUCACUGGACACUGUGCUGGGGCUAGGGGAUGACACCCUGCUGUGGCCUGGUCAUGAGUAUGCGGAGGAGAACCUGGGCUUUGCAGGCGUGGUGGAGCCCGAGAACCUGGCCCGGGAGAGGAAGAUGCAGUGGGUGCAGCGGCAGCGGCUGGAGCGCAAGGGCACGUGCCCGUCUACCCUGGGAGAGGAGCGCUCCUACAACCCAUUCCUGAGGACCCACUGCCUGGCACUACAGGAGGCUCUGGGGCCGGGGCCGGGCCCCACUGGGGAUGAUGACUGCUCCCGGGCCCAGCUGCUGGAAGAGCUCCGCCGGCUGAAGGACAUGCACAAGAGCAAGUGAUGCCCCCAGCGCCUCCAGCCCAGCC